UCUAUCAUUUAUUAAUAUUUGAAAAUGAAUAAUAGUUGAUGCAUAAUUACACAUAUAAUUCUCAAUAAUUAUUACAACAAAUAGAGGAGUUAUUUAUUUUUUGUCUGCCAGGAUAUUAAUUAAUAAUGUUUUAAAAGACAAAAUAUGGUUAUCUAUUGUUUAUUUCUGCCUUUUAAAAUUUAAUACAUUUAUUACGAGAAGUGCAUUUCAUUUUGAUGAAAUUCUGUAUCUAAAAUUACACGACAAUUAUUUUAGCUUUAAUAAUUUUCCGCUAGGAAAUUUCGAAAAACGAUAAUAUGUUAAAUAUUGCAAAAAUAAGAAGACCCUUAAUUAUGGCUAUAUUCCCACUGAGAGAUUUAUUGGGAAAAUAUGAUAUACCUAAAAAUCCAAUUGUUAAUGAAACAGAAGAUACUCCUAUGGGAAGGAUAAGAAAAAUAUUUAUUUCUACUGAAUAUGAACCUAUCAGCAAAGAACUACAAAGCUUGAUUAACUUCAGUAGUACUGCAACUUUGGUUGGCAUAGUUGUGGGUGGAAUAAUAUAUGCACAAGGAACUAUAGAAAAAUUUAUAGAAAAUAAUGAAGCAACACGUUUUUAUAGCCAGUUGGAUGCAAAGCGAGCAUUACAAACUAAUGUUACGUUACAGUUUGCCAAGGGUGCUUAUAUGUUUGGUUGGAGAUUAACUGUUUUUUGUGGCACUUAUGAAUUUAUUCGAAUGAUGUUAACAGCAUAUUAUGGGAAACCUUCAGUCUUACAUUAUAUGAUCGGAGCUGGUAUUGCUGGAUUUUUAUUUAAGUUAUCACUUGGUCUAAAAGGUUCAUUAGUUGGUUUGAUUUUUGGAGCUGUUCUUGGAGGUAUUGGUGGUUCUUUUAUUUUGUUGUUCCUUAAGCUAACAGGGAUGACAUUAGAAGAUUUUCAGAAUAUACAAAGUUACUGGUCUUAUAAAAGAGAUAAAGUAUUUAAAACAGCAGUAGGCAAACAUUUAGAAGAGGAAUAUGGAGAAUCAAAGUUAUUAUACGAAGAAAAUAAAAAUAUACAAAGAGAAUUAUCCAAAAUAGAAGAAAAAACCAAGAAUUAAAUGAACAAAAAUUAUAUAUAGAUAUAUUAUGUAAAUAUAAUGUAACAAUGUUUUUAAAUUGUCAUACAUCAAUCAUCAUUUAGAAUUUAAAUAUACUAUUGCAGUAUAUACAAAAUAUUCAACUCUAUAAUAUAUAGAGUAAUAACGAAUUGAAUAAAUCAUAAUUGAUCAUGGUGAA